GAAGAAGACGAGUGAUAGACAAAAUUAAUUUGGACCCAUAAAAUAAGAAAGCCCAAAUAAAAGUUGAAAGAAAGAUGACGCGGUUGUCUCGGGGCGACUGGACUGUCUGCUUUUCUUCAUUGUUGUUGUUGUUUUUAAAGUAACCAAGUUAGUUAUUGCGAGAAGCAGCAAGACGAAGAGUGGUGUGGUGUGUAUAUAUCGGGAAUAAUGAAUAAUAUAGUGAAUAAGAUAAGGAAUCUGGAUGCGUAUCCAAAGAUCAAUGAAGAUUUUUACAGCCGUACUCUUUCCGGUGGUCUUAUUACCCUCGCCUCUUCCGUUGUCAUGCUUCUUCUAUUCGUCUCGGAGCUCAGAUUAUAUCUUCACGCCGUGACAGAGACAAAGCUAGUCGUAGACACCUCAAGAGGGGAGACGCUAAAAAUCAAUUUUGAUGUGACUUUUCCUGCACUUCCCUGUUCCAUACUCAGUCUCGAUGCUAUGGAUAUAAGUGGAGAGCAGCAUCUUGAUGUUAGACAUGACAUAUUUAAGAAAAGGAUUGAUGCCAGUGGAAAUGUCAUAGAAUCAAGACAGGAUGGUAUUGGUGCUCCCAAGAUUGAAAAUCCAUUACAAAAACAUGGUGGCCGUCUUGAACACAACGAGACAUAUUGCGGUUCAUGUUAUGGUGCAGAAUCAUCGGAUGAUGAUUGCUGUAACACCUGUGAAGAUGUUCGUGAAGCAUACAGGAAAAAGGGUUGGGCUGUGUCAAAUCCAGAUUUGCUUGACCAGUGCAAAAGAGAAGGAUUUUUGCAAAAGAUUAAGGAUGAAGAAGGUGAGGGUUGUAAUAUGUAUGGAUUUUUGGAAGUUAACAAGGUGGCUGGGAAUUUUCAUUUUGCACCUGGGAAAAGUUUUCAGCAAUCAAAUGUUCAUGUGCAUGAUCUACAAGCUUUUCAAAAGGAUAGUUUUAAUAUAAGUCACAAGAUUAAUAGAUUAGCAUUUGGAGAUUAUUUUCCUGGUGUUUUAAAUCCUCUUGAUGGUGUGCAAUGGACACAAGAACCGCCAAGUGGGAUGUAUCAAUAUUUUAUCAAGGUGGUACCAACAGUCUACACAGAUUCUAGGGGAAGUACCAUUCAGUCUAAUCAGUUCUCUGUGACGGAGCAUUUUAGGACUGCAGAUGUAGGUCGCCUACAGGCACUUCCUGGAGUUUUCUUCUUUUAUGAUCUCUCACCUAUAAAGGUGACUUUUUCAGAAGAAAAUGUUUCAUUUCUGCACUUUUUGACAAAUGUCUGUGCUAUAGUCGGCGGUGUUUUCACUGUAUCAGGGAUAUUAGAUUCUUUCAUUUACCAUGGUCAAAAAGCAAUCAAGAAAAAGAUGGAAAUUGGUAAAUUUAGUUGAUCAACAUACCUGGCAUAUUCGGAUCUGCUCUUGGUGCCAGGAAUGUUUUGUUGAAGUUUGAUGUUAUAAUACUAGGCAUGUUUUGGUUAAACUUUACAACGUUGAAAUCAUGGAUGCAGGACACACCAGAUUUUGUAAGAAACUUUUAAAUUAGAUUAAUUUUAUAGUUCAGUUACACAUAAUUUUUAGUUGUCCCUUUUGGGAUCUGAUAUUAGGUGUAUGCAGGACAAUACUGGAUAUAGUAAUUUUUGGUUGUACUCGGGACCAUCGACUGAUUAAACAUAAUAAUGAAAUUAAGCUAAAGUUUCAUUGAAA